UGGGGGUCGUGCUCGCGGGGAGAGCAGUCGCCGCAGGACUUGUGGGGUCCCAGUGGCCGCAGUUCCUGGGAGCCGCGUCUUUGAACGCCGUAAGGCGGAACGGAGCGGUGGGGCGGGAGUGGUCCCGGGCCGCGAGGUCGGGCUCGUGACUGGAGGACCACCUCAUCUUCCCCAGGGCCUGGAAGUUAAAACCCGGCCUUCAUCCCACGUGAAUUUCUUGACCUCCUGGGAUCUCUGCUUGCUACAGAGGCCAUGGAAACCUCAACGCCUUUGUCUCCUCUACCACCUUCUCAGAUCUGCAACCCAGCCCCACGGACCAUUCAGAUCGAGUUUCCUCAGCAUAGCUCAUCCCUGCUGGAGACCCUGAACCGCCACAGGCUAGAGGGCAAGUUCUGUGAUGUGUCCCUCCUGGUACAGGGCCGGGAACUUAGAGCCCAUAAAGCUGUGCUGGCUGCUGCUUCUCCUUAUUUCCAUGACAAGCUGCUUCUGGGGGAUGCGCCACGUCUCACCCUGCCAAGCGUCAUUGAGGCUGAUGCCUUCGAGGGGUUACUCCAGCUCAUUUAUUCAGGGCACCUCCGCCUACCACUGGAUGCUCUCCCGGCCCAUCUCCUGGUGGCCAGUGGCCUUCAGAUGUGGCAGGUGGUAGAUCAGUGCUCAGAGAUCCUUAGAGAACUAGAAACUUCAGGUGGUGGAAUUUCAGCCCGCGGAGCAGCCUCGUACCACUCGCUUCCUUCUACUAUAUCUUCUCCAGGAGGCUGGUGCAUUCGCUCUUCUCCUUUCCAGACCCCAGUACAGUCCUCCACUUCUACUGAGAGCCCGGUUGGAGGGGAGGGGAGUGAACUGGGAGAGGUGUUACAGAUUCAGGUGGAAGAAGAAGAGGAGGAGGAGGAGGAUGAAGAAGAUGAGGACCAGGGAUCAGCAGCACUGCCUCAGACUCCUCAGCCUCAGAGAGUAUCAGGGGUGUUUCCCCGUCCGCAUGGAUCCCACCCACUGCCCAUAUCUGCUACACCCCGCAGGCCUCCAGAAGGUGAGAGUGCACCACUUGAACUUCCUGCCCCUCCUGCACUGCCCCCCAAAAUCUUCUAUAUUAAGCAGGAACCUUUUGAGCCUAAGGAGGAAAUAGGAGGUGGAACUCAGUCUGGAUGCGUAAAGGAGGAGACCAAAGUGUUUCCUGGAGGGGACACGGAAGGGAAUGGGGAACUAGGGUUCUUGUUGCCCUCAGGAGCAGGGACGACAUCUGGGGGAGGGGGCCCAUCUUGGAAACCAGUGGAUCUUCAUGGAAAUGAAAUCUUGUCAGGGGGUGGAGGUCCUGGGGGAGCUGGGCAGGCUGUUCAUGGGCCUGUGAAGCUAGGGGGAGCACCCCCUGCAGAUGGGAAACGCUUUGGUUGCUUGUGUGGGAAGCGGUUUGCAGUGAAGCCGAAGCGUGACCGGCACAUCAUGCUGACCUUCAGCCUUCGGCCUUUUGGCUGUGGCAUCUGCAACAAGCGCUUCAAGCUGAAACACCAUCUGACCGAGCACAUGAAGACUCACGCUGGAGCCCUCCACACCUGUCCUCACUGUGGCCGGCGAUUCCGAGUUCAUGCCUGUUUUCUUCGCCACCGAGACCUGUGCAAGGGUCAAGGCUGGGCCACUGCGCAUUGGACUUACAAGUGACUACAGAGGCCAUACACUGUUUCUAGGACAAGAUAACCACUGUGGCUGAUGGAUACUUACCCCUCACUACCACGGCACCCCAGUCCUGCACCUGGUAUUCAUGCCAAGACAAUAGGUAUAUUGUGGUUCUCAUGUUCUUGCCUCAUAC